GUGCAACUAUUUUAGUUAUAUUUUUAAUUAACGAUGCCAAGUACUUGUUGUUGUGUACCUGGAUGUCAUUUAAGAGGAGGACAUGCAUUUCCAAAUGACUUAAAAAGAAGGAAAAGUUGGAUCAACGCCAUGGCCCAUACGCAGAUUGGACGAGAACACGAUGAUAUCGUGGAGUCCAUCUCAAUCAGCUGUUGUUUGCAAGGCACGUUUUACUGAAAAAGACUACGUGCAGGAAACUAUUCAUGGGCGCAAACCCACCAUACAGAGACUUAAGUCUACUGCAAUUCCCAGCCUAUUUUCCUGGACCAAGCAAGAAACUGAAUCGUCCGCAAAAAGAAAAAUCAGGGCAGUUUCCUGUGAAAACAAAAGAACUAAACUUGAUGAAUAUUGUAGUAGAAAUCUAGAGGAAAGUUUCGAUUGUAAAGUUGGUUUUCCUGAAGAAGUCAUUCAUACUGCAGAAAGGAUUUAUGACUGUCCACCACCACCUGCCGAGCUAAUGUUGAGCUUCACAGAUGGAAUUACGCAAACACCAUCAAUGCCUAUGUUUUUAACGGAGAAUUUUGAAAUGAAGACACGUGACACAGCCAUGCAUUUUUAUACUGGUUUAGAGUUGUAUACUAAAUUUUUAUUUGUUUUGACCACACUUGGUCCAGCAGCACAUUGUUUGAGAUGCAUAUAUUUUCAAAUUGAUAGGGUGUCAGUUGAAAAUCAGUUUUUUUAUGACUUUGAUGAAAUUGAGGCAUCAUACAACCAACUUUGAACUGUCUAGAUUCUAGAUUGAAUCUAGUGUUAAGAAUAUUGUGUAUACAUGGAUUGUUUUUAUGUCUAAACAGUGGUGUGAGGCUAACACUUGGCCAUCUAGUGGUUUAGUCAGGUAUUUUUCACCAUCCAACUUCAAAUUAAAGUUUCCUACGACUUGGAUUAUUAUUGACAGCACAGAAUAUCCCGUGAUAAAACCUAAAGCUCCUAGAGCUCAGGCAACCUUUUCAUCAAAUAAAAACAGAAACACUGAAAAUUCUUGAAUGUUCGACACCUGGUGGUUUAGUCAACUAUGUCUCUAUGUCACAUAGAGCGAAUUAUUGGACUUGGCAAAACAUACAAAAUUCUAAUAAAUCCUAUGAAUGGAACUGAAACAAAACUUUCAUCUGAAAUAACAUUUAGUUGUUUUAUGUUGUGUAAUUUGGACUUGGCAAAACAUACAAAAUUCUAAUAAAUCCUAUGAAUGGAACUGAAACAAAACUUUCAUCUGAAAUAACAUUUAGUUGUUUUAUGUUGUGUAAUUUUAGAACUUGUAUUGUGCCAAAGGAUGCAUAAAUAAAAGUGACGCAAUGAA